CACAGUGAAAUAUUUAAAGUCUUUAAUUAAAAAAAUAUAUAUUAUUUUUUAUUUAUAAAAAAUGUCAACUAUUACAAAACCUCGAGUACCAGAUGGUCUUCGAGAAUUAAUGAAAGAUCUUACACGAGAAAUUCUUAAGGAAAAGCCCACUGAUAUAUACGAUUUUGCAGAAAACUAUUUUCAAUCUCGACUGCCUGAAAAGGAAAAUUAUGCAGUAAAGAGUUUUGAAGAAAGUUCCGGAAAAUAUGAUUUCUCCUAUAUACAAAAUCCACAACGUUAUCAGAUUCCUGUUGCCCUAGUGUACUCCAUAAUACCCGAAGGGCUUACGAAUCUUAUAAAAGACCUUAUAAAGGCUAUACUCAGAGAGCAGCCAUCAAAUUUAUGUGAUUUUGCAGUGGAAUAUUUUCGCCAUAUAAAGGCUGCUACAUGUAAGGAAUCACUAGAUGGGACAAAAGAAAUUAAUUAUUCUGCGUAUGAAAAGUAUUUUAUGAAUAAGGAACGUUUCCUCUUUACUCCGUAUGUGAAAUGUACUUGUGGCAGAACUCUAGGGGAAGCAUAUUCAAACAACAGUCAAAUUGAAAAUUUAAUCGCUAUUCAUAAAAUACAGAAUUAUAAUACAACAUUGUUAUCAAAGUCCUUAGUGGCCGAUGAUUCAAACAACAAUAAUAAUGUGAAUAAAAUCACUGAAAAUGACACAAUUUCUUACGAAAAGUACAUGAAUUCCAUUUAUAUAAUUCAAAGAUGUCUCCGUCGUUACUUAAAAGAAAAACGAGGCACAACAAACACUAAUCAAGUUUCCCCCAACCACAAUACUUUCGACCACCAUUCAGUGACAGCUGAACCAAUGAUAACGAAACAAUACAAACAAACUUCUCUGAUACCAACCGUACCUCAACUGCAAUUAAAUCAAAAUGAAUCUGAAAAUAUUUCGGAAGACGCUUCAUAUACAUCAGCAUCAACAGCUGUACUUUCCGCAUCGGAAUCGGGCCGUGAAACAUCUGAACCGAGUAUGUAUGAAAAUAUUGUUACAAAGACUAUAAUGGAAGAUGUAGAAAUGGAAAACGAUGAAAAAAAUAUUUCAAGUCAAUCUACCAGAGACCAUGUAAAAGACGAUACAUCUACCAACAAUAAUGAAGAAAAAAGUACAAACAAUGUUAAUGACGGGGAAGGAACCAGAGAUAUAAAUGCCGCUAAAUCGUUGGACACCCAAAAUGCAGAAUUCGAUUCUAUGGAAAUAGAUACGAUGAAAAAUCGUAACGAAUCUGGUGAAAUAAAUGAACAGCCAGUGGAAGAUAUUGAUAUUAAAGAUUUCGGUAAACUGCAAAAAACAUCUGUAGAUAUUCAUGAUGCUAAUUUUGAGAGCCAUAAUAAUGAUCUAAAGAAGGAAAAAUCGUUUUCAGGACAUAAAAUAAGAGCUGAAAAUAAAAUAACAGAAGUCGGCAGCAAAUCCAAAUUGACAAAAGAUGCUUAUGAGUCUAUUGAGGCGGAUGACAAAAAAUUUCGUAAAAAAAUAGAUCAAACAGAUUUAAUAGACAGCACUGGUAAUAAUAAUUUGGAAACAGUUGAAAAAUAUCAAAUACUUGAAAAAGUUAAAAUACGUAAAGAAGAGCAAAGCCAAAAUUUAGAUAAACAAAAAGAUAACAUAAAUAUAAAAUCUAAGUUAUUAGAAGCAAUUUCUCAAAAUGAAAUAGAUAAAGUUCCCAUUCGGAAUCCUUCUGAUGUUUUUAAUGACUACAAUUCUCACGCUACAACAGAAUCAAAUACGAAUGAUAAAGAAAAAUUUAAGGAAAUAAAAAAUGAAACAGUUAGUGAUAAAGCUGAAUUCUUAGAAAAUAUUAAAGAAUCAAAUAAAGCAGAUAAAAUCGAAGAAAAAUUAUCAAUAGAUUCAGAUAACAACGUUAAAAAAGAUGAUGCUGAUGAUUCAGUUACUAAAAAUUUAGCUGAUUUUAAAGAAUCAACUAAUAUCACUGAUGAAAUAACUACUCAAUUAAAUACAAAUGAUUCAGCAAACCUAAAACACGAAAUCGACAUAAUUUUAGGAGAAACUAAGAAAGGAGAUCUCGAGAAUAAUAUAAAAGUAACCGAAAUUAUCACAGAUAAAGAUAAUGGUUAUUCCCAUAUUAUAGUAGAUAAUGAAAUGGACUUAAAACAUGACAAACAAUUUGACGAUGCAAUUAAGCUAAAUGAAAUAGAUAAUAAAUCUGUAUUAAUUCAACAAAAAAAUAAUGAUGAAGGAAAAACUACCGAAUCGACAAAAAAUUAUGAUGAAAUUGAAUUGAAAAACGAAAAAGUAGAAAAAGACGGAACAACAAAAACACAUAAAAUCGAUGAGAUAACAACUGAUUCCGAAUUCGACAAAACUGUAAAUAACAAAGACAAAUCAGGAGAUGCUGACUCGAAUAAUAAUGAGACAUCAAGAGCAACUGCUGAAUACGAAUUAAAUAAAAAUUCGGAAUUAUCUAAUCAAACUUCAUCACAAGAAAAAAAUAAUACUGAUACAAAUAUAGCUGUGAGAGAAAAAUCGCCCAAUACAUCUAGUCAUACAAAUGAAACAGAAAAGAAAUUAAUUGAAAAAUUCGAAAUUAUCUCAGAUAUAGAUAAUAGUUAUUCCAAUAUUAUACUAAAUAAUGAAAUGGAUUUAAAACUUGACAAAAAAUUUAAUGAAGCAAUGCAACUAAAUGAACUAGAUAAUAAAUCUGUAUUAAUUCAACAAAAAAUUAAUGAUGAAAACGAAGAAGGCGGAACAAUAAUAACAAGUAAAAUUGAUGAGAUAACAAUUGAGUAUGAAUUUGACAAAAGUGUUAAUAAAAACAACAAAUCAGGAGAUUCUGGUUUGAAUAAUCAGGAGACAUUAAGAGCAACUGCUGAAUAUGAAUUAAAUAAAAAAUCAGAAUUGAAUGAUCAAACUUCACCACAAGAAACAAAUAAUACUGAUACAAAUAUUACUUUAAGAGAAAAGUCGCCAACUAAAUUAAGUGAUUUAAAUGAAAUCGACAUGAAUUUUGUUGAAAAAUCUGUAAUUAUCUCAGAUAAAGAUAAUAGUUCUUCACAUAUUAUGUUAAAUUUAAAACAUGACAACAAAUCGAACGACACAAUGGAACAAAAUAAAAAAUCUGUAUUAAUACAACCACAAAAUAACGGUGAUGGAAAAACUUUCCCAUCAACAAAAGAUAAUGAAAUUAAAUUGGAUAAUGAAGAGUUUGAAAUAGACGGAAAAACAAUUAUAAAUAAAACUGAUGUUAAUAACGAAAACAAAUCCGGAGAUGUUGCCUCAUAUAAUCAGCAGACAACCAGAGGAAGUGCUGAAAAUGAAUUUAAUAUAAAUUUGGAUUUAACCGACCAAAACUCACUACAAAAAGAAAAUAAUAGUGAUACACAUAUUGCAGUGAGAGAAAUGUCCGCAAUGAAAUUUCGUGAUACAAAUGAAACAGACAAGAAUUUAAUUGAAAAAUCUAAUAAAAAUUUAUCAGAUAUGUUAGAAAAAGAAAUUGAUUUAACACAUGGCAACAAAUUCGAAAUAAAAUACGAUAUUAAAAAAAAUCUUAAUAAAUCCUCUGAGCAAAUGGGGAAAAAACUUAUUGAUGGAAACAAAUUUGAUGUCGAACCACAAGAAAAUAAUAUUGAAGAAUCUGAGCGGAAUGAACUUGUUAAUAGUACUAAUAAAAAUAUUUCAGUAGAUACAGAUGAAAAAGUUCGAUCUGAAAAUGAUGAUAUGGUUAUAUAUCGAAGAGAAAAUACCCAACAAAAAUUUAAAUUGCAAGAUAGCAGUACCCAGAAUUUAAUGAACUAUGAUAAAAACUUCAAAACAAAUUCCCAAAAAUCUAUAAUAGAUGAACUUAAAGCAACAACCAUUAAGAAUGAACUGGAUACUGAUGUAAAUGAUGUUUUUAAAUCAAAGUUAGAUGAAAUAAUGAAUAAUUCUGAUAAAAUAAAAGACGCAAAUGUUAACAUGAAUGAAUCUAAUAGAACAAGUCAUGCUUCAGGUGACAUUUCAGACGUUAAAGACAAAAUUACUGAUAAAAAUAAUCAGGGCAAUAUAAAAGAGGACAUUACUUUAGUCGAGAAAAACAAAAAUACAGAUGACUUGAAAUUCGAUGAGGAAUUUAUUCAAACUGAAAGUAAAACAAAAUCUGUUUCGAACGAGUUAAAUGAAAAACUGGAAAACUAUAAGAGCUUCAAUAAAGCAGUUACAUCUGAUUUAGGUAAAUCUGAUAAACACAAAGUUAAUAACACCAUUGAAAGUUCUAUUCAAGAAAAUAAUGAUGGAAAUGUAUCUACAAAUGUUCAAGAAUCUACCCCAGUUGAUUUAAAUGAAAAAACUAAUGAAUCCCUUAAAAUGAAUAUAGAAAAAGAGUCUGAUAAUAAUGUGAAUAAAGAAAUUAACAAUAGAGGAUAUGAUAAAAAUUUAGAAGGCAGUAUUAAAAUGGAUUUGGAUAAUAAUGCUACUUCAAUAUAUGAAAAUAUAAGUUUGACUUCAGAACAAUUAUCUCAGAAACAGCAAUCUAAAUCUAAUACUGAAACAAAUGCUGCAAUUGAACCUACAAAUCAGAAAGAAAUUAAGAUAAUUCAAACUGAAAAUAUUCAAACAGUUCUCGAAUAUAGUAGAAAAGAUAACGAUAUUAAAACUACAGAUGAUCAAGAGCCUAUCCAUAUUGAUUUAAAUGAAAAAGGUAAUGAAUGUCUUAACUCUCUACCUGUUUUAGAUACAGAACAUGAUCAAGGUGGUAGAUAUCUGAAAGACAACAAAAAUACUACUUCGGUAGAUGAAAAUAUUAAUUUGUCAUCAGAAUAUUUAACCCAGAAGCGUCAAUCUGAAUCUAAUUUAAAAAAUAACUCAAUUGAACCUAAGAAAUUUCAAGAAGAAAAUAUACAAACAGAAGUUGGAUCUCAUAGAAAUGACAAUGAUUUCAAAGGUGAAGAAUGUGUAACUAAAACUGUUCAAGGACCCACUCGAGUCGAUUUAAAUGAUAACACAAAUGAAUCUCUGAAUAAUGAGGGUGUUAAAAAUUUAAAAGGCAGUAUUAAAAUCGUUUCGGAUAAUAAUACUACUUCAAUGGAUGAAAAAAUAAAUUUGACUUCAGAAAAUGUAACUCAGGAACAACAAUCUGAAUCUAAUUUAAUAAAUACUGUAUGUAAACCUACAAAUCAGAACGAAAUUAUGUUAAUUCAAACUGAGAAAUAUUUGACUACAGACGACCAAAUAGACAUACAUACAACUUCGAUGGAUAAAAGUAUGAAUUUGACUUCAAAAAAUUUAACUCAGAAACGUCAAUCUGAAUCUAAUUUAACAAAUGCUGCUAUUGAACCAAAGAUAAUUCGAAAUGAAAAUAUUCCAACGGAUGUCGAAUCUAGUAGAAAUGACAAAGAUAUUAAAACUGAAGAAUAUGUUACUAGAGAUGAUAAAGAGGACAAACAUACUACUUCGAUGGAUGAAAAUAUUAAUUUGACUUCAGAAAAUUUAACUCCGAAACAUCAAUCUGAAUCUAAUUUAGCAAAUACUGCUACUGAACUAAAGAUAAUUCCAAAUGAAAAUAUUCAAACGGAUGUCGAAUUUAGUAGAAAUGACAAAGAUAUUAAAACUGAAGAAUAUGUUACUAGAGAUGAUCAAGGGGACAAACAUACUACUCCGAUGGAUGAGAGUAUUAAUUUGACUUCAGAAAAUUUAACUCCGAAACAUCAAUCUGAAUCUACUUUAGCAAAUACUGCUACUAAACUAAAGAUAAUUCCAAAUGAAAAUAUUCAAACGGAUGUCGAAUUUAGUAGAAAUGACAAAGAUAUUAAAACGGAAGAAUAUGUUACUAGAGAUAAUCCAGAGGACAAACAUACUACUUCGAUGAAUGAAAAUAUUAAUUUGACUUCAGAAAAUUUAACUCAGAAACAUCAAUCUGAAUCUAAUUUAACAAAUACUGCUACUGAACCAAAGAUAAUUCAAAAUGAAAAUAUUCAAAAGGAUGUCGAAUCUAGUAGAAAUGACAAAGAUAUUAAAACUGAAGAAUAUGUAACUAGUGAUGAUCAAGAGGACAAACAUACUACUUCGAUGGAUGAAAAUAUUCAUUUGACUUCGGAAAAUUUAACUCCGAAACAUCAAUCUGAAUAUAAUUUAACAAAUACAGCUACUGAACGAAUGAUAAUUCAAAAUGAAAAUAUUCAAACGGAUGUCGGAUAUACUAGAAAUUACAAAGAUUUUAAAACUGAAGAAUAUGUUACUAGAGAUGAUCAAGGGGACAAACAUACUACUUCGAUGGACGAAAGUAUUAAUUUGACUUCAAAAAAUUUAACUCCGAAACAUCAAUCUGAAUCUAAUUUGACAAAUACUGCUACUGAACCAAAGAUAAUUCCUAAUGAAAAUAUUAAAACGGAUGUCGAAUCUAGUAGAAAUGACAAAGAUAUUAAAACUGAAGAAUAUGUUACUAGAGAUGAUCAAGGGGACAAACAUACUACCUCGAUGGAUGAAAAUAUCAAUUUGACUUCAGAAAAUUUAACUCCGAAACAUCAAUCUGAAUCUAAAUUAACAAAUACUGCUACUGAACUAAAGAUAAUUCCUAAUGAAAAUAUUCAAACGGAUGUCGAAUUUAGUAGAAAUGACAAAGAUAUUAAAACAGAAGAAUAUGUUACUAGAGAUGAUCAAGGGGACAAACAUACUACUCCGAUGGAUGAGAGUAUUAAUUUGACUUCAGAAAAUGUAACUACGAAACAUCAAUCUGAAUCUAAUUUAACAAAUACUGCUACUGAUUCAAAGACAAUUCCUAAUGAAUAUAUUCAAACGGAUGUCGAAUCUAGUAGAAAUGACAAAGACAUUAAAACUGAAGAAUAUGUUACUAGAGAUGAUCAAGGGGACAAACAUACUACUUCGAUGGAUGAGUAUAUUAAUUUGACUUCAGAAAAUUUAACUCAGAAACAUCAAUAUGAAUCUAAUUUAACAGAUACUGCUACUGAACCAAAUAUAAUUCAAAAUGAAAAUAUUCAAAUGGAUGUCGAAUAUAGUAAAAAUAACAAAGAUAUUAAAACGGAAGAAUAUGUUACUAGAGAUAAUCCAGAGGACAAACAUACUACUUCGAUGAAUGAAAAUAUUAAUUUGACUUCAGAAAAUUUAACUCAGAAACAUCAAUCUGAAUCUAAUUUAACAAAUACUGCUACUGAACCAAAGAUAAUUCAAAAUGAAAAUAUUCAAAAGGAUGUCGAAUCUAGUAGAAAUGACAAAGAUAUUAAAACUGAAGAAUAUGUAACUAGAGAUGAUCCAGAGGACAAACAUACUACUUCGAUGGAUGAAAAUAUUAAUUUAACUUCAGAAAAUUUAACUCAGAAACAUCAAUAUGAAUGUAAUUUAACAAAUAUUGCUACUGAACUAAAGAUAAUUCCUAAUGAAAAUAUUCAAAUGGAUGUCGAAUAUAGUAAAAAUAACAAAGAUAUUAAAACGGAAGAAUAUGUUACUAGAGAUAAUCCAGAGGACAAACAUACUACUUCGAUGAAUGAAACUCCGAAACAUCAAUCUGAAUCUAAUUUAACAAAUACUGCUACUGAACUAAAGAUAAUUCAAAAUGAAAAUAUUCAAAAGGAUGUCGAAUCUAGUAGAAAUGACAAAGAUAUUAAAACUGAAGAAUAUGUUACUAGAGGUGAUCAAGGGGACAAACAUACUACUUCGAUGGAUGAGAGUAUUAAUUUGACUUCAGAAAAUUUAACUCAGAAACAUCAAUAUGAAUCUAAUUUAACAGAAACUGCUACUGAACCAAAUAUAAUUCAAAAUGAAAAUAUUCAAAUGGAUGUCGAAUCUAUUAGAAAUGACAAAGAUAUUAAAACUGAAGAAUAUGUAACUAGAGAUGAUCAAGAGGACAAACAUACUGCUUCGAUGGAUGAAAAUAUUAAUUUGACUUCAGAAAAUUUAACUCCAAAACAUCAAUCUGAAUCUAAUUUAACGAAUACUGCUACUGAACUAAAGCUAAUUAGUAAUGAAAAUAUUCAAAUGGAUGUCGAAUCUAGUAGAAGUGACAAAGAUAUUAAAUCAGAAGAAUGUGUUACUAGAGACGAUCAAGAGGGCAAACAUACUACUUCGAUGGACGAAAGUAUUAAAUUGACUUCAGAAACUUUAAGUCAGAAAUGUCAAUCAAAUUUUACAAAUACUGCUAGUGAACCAAAGAUCAUUAAAAAAGAAAGUAUUCAAAUAGAAGUCGAAUCUCGUAGAAAUAACACUGAUGUUACAACUGAAGAAAAUCAAGCACAAAAUUUACAUAAUAUAAAUCAGCUUAAGGCCUCACAAAGUGAAACUAAUUAUAGUGAAAAUAUUGAUGAUUUAGCAAUUCAGAAUGCCGAUUACAAUUUAGAUGAAAAGUUGUAUGAAACUGAAAAUGAAAUUGCCACCAGCGGUACCUCUAAUGUACCCAAAGAAAUUUCUCCUAUUAAAUUAGAGAAUAAGAAAGAUAAUAAAUUUGAGUCAGAUCUUCAAAUUGACAACACUUUAAAUAAAACUGAAAAUUCAACACCUAUAAAUAAUUCAAAUUUAUUAAAUGAACCUUCCCAACCAAUUUCGGAUGAAAGUUGUAAUGAAACUUGUGUUGAAAUUAUUAAUAAAAAAUCAGAAACUGGUGAUUUCGUCAGCACAACUAAUGCAAAUAAGCAAAAUAACAUUUCAUCCGAAAUGACCAAGAUAGAUUCAUUUGAUGCUAAUUCUAUCAACAUAAGCAAUAAUAAUGAUGAAACAACCAAUAAUGAAGAUUACCCUAUACAUGAUAGUAAUAUGACUGACGAGUUGAUUGAUAAAACUUUCACUUUGAAAUCAUCUCGAGCAAUAAAUGUGGAACAUGUUAAUAAGAAUAUAGUGGAAACUUUGCAAACUGAUUCGGAAAACAGUAAGACUAAUGUUAAUGUUGAUGAUACUAUAUCUGAUACAAAUAUAACUGAUGAGAUUAUCACCAAAAACUGUGUAAAAGAAUCUCAAGCAGAAAAGCACACAGAAGGUAAAGAAAUAACAUAUCGAGAUGAUAUAACAAGCUCCAAGAUCUCAAGCAAACAGCUAGAAGUCAGUUCCGAAAAAUCAACGAAUAUACUUAAAAAAGCAAUAAAAGAUGCAAUGGAAUCUUCGGAAAAUGAAAAUCACAUUAAAGGUGAAACUGUUAUUAGAGAAACCAAUGAACAGGGUGACCAUAUUACUACCGAAAACCAGGAGUUUUUGUCGACUUCAAAGAAUUCUCAGAAUAAAUAUCUAUACGAAAGUCAUGAUCAUCAAGCUGAGGAUCAAACUGAACAUAUAAUGGAAAAACGCGAUGCUAAGCAACUUGAAAUCGGGCCAGAUGCUUCUACUAAAGAAGAUUAUGAUACGAAGGCAAUUCCAUUAUCGGUUGAGAAUGAGCGAAACCAAUCAUCUGAACUGCAAUCAGGCAUUUCAAAACAUGAAAAAAGCGCUGUCAAUAAAAUCGAUAGUGAUAACUAUGAUCAGAAGGAGAAACAUGUAGAUGAAAGAUGCAAUUAUGAAGAGUUAGCAAAUAAAAUAAUUUCUGGUGAAGAUCAGGAAUUAAGUGUGAAAAAUAAAACUAAACCGCUGGAAAAGCUAUUAGAAGAUUUAGAUGUUGCAACCUCUGAUUCAAUAAAAGCAAAUGAUGAUAAUAUUGAAACUACCAAUUCUGAUACAGCGGGAAUUGUAACGAAUGUUGGCAUAAAUGAUAAUAUAAUGCAACUGAAGAAUGAUUUUAAGAAAUCCAGUUCUCAUAAGAUUGUUAAACAAGAAACACAAAUAAAGCAGAUCCAAGAAUCACAGGAAAAUGAAUCUGAAAAUGAAAGUAAUUACAGUUCUUUAGUUCAGGUGGACAACCAGAAUUUAAAAGAUUUAAACGACAUUAAUGAAGAUAAUAGAGACAAUCAAAAGGAAGUAAGUAAACAAAAUAUUGUAAUAAAUAUGGAUGACUCAAAUUCUAAGUUAAUUGUUGAAAAGAGUAUAAAUAAAGAAAAUGAUGUGCAAAAAGCUAUUUCUAAUAAUGAAAAUAUUCAUGGUGAUAAAGAAAUCUCAAAAAUUUCCUUAAAGUCAAAAAAAAUUGAAACUCAUGAUGAUAAAGACUUCAAUUCACAAUCAAGAAAUAAACGUGAGGCUGAAAAUUACCCCAAAAGUGAACAUAAAUACAACAAUGAACUGGACGAUACCAAAAAAGAUAUUACAGUCCACGAUGAUGAUGUAUUAGGAUUGAGGGAUAAAAAUGUCAUAGGUGAAAACGUACAUUUGAAUGAAGACAAUAACUCCUUGGGUUCAAACAUGAAUAAACUUCAGAGUUCAGUUAGUGACACUCGAGUAUCCAGUCUAGAUGUACAACAACAGCCCACACAUGAAAAAAAUUACACUUCUAAAAAUGAGACUAAUGCUAAAAAUCUAGCAUCUCCAAGUUUUCCCAUCCAAAAAAAAUCAACUGAAACUAAUAAAUUAAAAGAUAAUCAACCUAAUGAAAUCAAAAAAGAAAACUUUAAUUCAUCUACGGUGCAAAAUACUGAAAAGACUGAAACUACAAUUAAUGAAAGUUCCAAUAUCGAACAAAACAUUAGUAGAACGUCCAAAGAUGACACUUUAGAUGGCACAUCCAAAUAUGAUAGUAAAGAUAAACUGCUUGAAACAGAUGAUACUCAGGAACAUAGAAAUGAAUCCAAUAAUAAAAAUGUAGCAAAAACUAGUAAUAUCAAUUCUAGUAUAGAUCAAACAUAUCAUUGUAAUCAACAAGUGUCAAAUAUUAAUCAAAAUGAGUCUGUACAUCACUAUAAGUCCGAUAGAGAAGGAACACAAGCAGAUGCAGAUGAUAAAAAACCUCAAAUGUCGAGUCAAGAUAAUAUUAAGCAAGAAAAUACUGAACAGAGACUUACUGAUGUAACAGCUGAAACUACAAAUGAUGAAGAAACUACACAAAAUAUUGGCAUCCAAACUACAGAAACAUUUAUUGGCAAUCAAAAUUUAACAAUUGGUAGAAUUAGAAAUUUUAACGAAGGUCUCCUUGGAAGUAUUUCUGGUCAACGUUUUGCUGAAACGCAUUUGCGAUCAUUUUGGAAGGAAUAUGUAAUGAAUAAUAGUAUGCCCCUAAGUCAAUAUGAUUAUAAAGAAAACGAACCGAAAAUACAACCAGAACCUGGAACAAGUCAACAACAAAAUGUUAAUCAAGUAAAUGAAACGAAUUUAUCAGCGUAUAAAAAUGAGGAGAAACCUAUUGAUAUUAUUGAACCCGAAAUUAUUAAAGAAACCAUUAAACAUUCUGAAUCAUCACCUGUUAUGAAUCACAGUAUUUCGACAGCAAAUAAUGAUUCAACUCCAUCUAAAGAUAUUGAACGUAUUCCAAGAUAUUUUUAUGGUGUACCUGACACAGAACCAAAUUAUAGUUCAAGUUGUUCAAAACGCAAGUCCUAUAAAGAACCAACUGCUUUUACAAUCGCGAUAGGUGAUUUAAACAAAAAACAAAACACGAAGAUAGCCAAAUCGCCUAAAUCGAAUAAGGACGUAGAAUGCCUAAAAAGCGAUAUUAAACUCAAUUUAAAUAAAUUAGACUUGUCUGAAAAGGAAUAUGCAGAACCACUUUUGGAAUCGGAAACUCCGCCAAAGGUAUUUCAAGAUUUGAAUGAAUUUGAGUAUGAGAUUCAUGAUAUUGAUCGAGAUAUCACUUAUACUAUUGACGAAAUUAUACGUCUAAAAAUCGAAAACGAUUCACAGAAUAACUCCGAUGACAAGGAUGCAAAUGGAACUAGUGAAUAUUCAUUAACCCCUGAACCAAUGUUACAGACAAUUGUUGAACUUAGUGAAUCGGAAACACCAAAACCCCCAGAUCAAUUGCAUUCAAUUGAUGAUGAUUUUUUAGCCAAUUUGGAAAGAAUCAGCGAUACUACAAGUACUAGUUGGACAACUGGCUCCAAAGAAGACAAUUCUUUUAUUUCAGAUGAAUUUCUAGAUGAAAAAAACCAAAACGAAUAUAUAAAGCAAGGGCACACAACAUCAGAUAGCGAACAUAAAACACAGGGCGGUAUUUAUGAAUUUUCCAAAGAUAAUAUGGCUGGCAAGGAAUUGAAAUCACAAGAUUAUGAAGAAAUUAUAGCACAAGCUCCUACUCCACCAAACGAUGAUCCAUUUUAUGGGGAUUUAAAAGAAACGGCUGCUAAAACAAUUCAAGAAGCUUACCGUCAAUUUAAGCAGAAAAAGUUGUUAAAACCUGUGGAAAAUAUCAGUAAACUUAAAGCAGAAACUGAAAGUUCUAACAAGAGAUCCAAUAGAGAAAUGCUAAAUAAUAAAAAAGACGAACAUUUAACAUCCAAAGGAAAUUCAACAAAAUUUAAUGUUGAAAAAAACAGUAAUUUAAUAUAUCCCAAAGAGAAUAAUGUAAAAGCAACAAAUUCUGAACAAGAAUUUAAAAUCCCCGUAAAUUUAACAUCUCAUGACGGUAUCAAUAACUUCGAAUGCAAAAAACUGGAAAAAUACGUUAUUAACGAAACAAUUUUAAAUCCUACAGACUCUGAAAGUUAUAAUAAAAACAAUAUUAAAAAGAUAUUUAAAAAUACUGAAAACUAUGAAGAUUUUAAAACAAUGUCAGAAAUAGAUUACAGUAAUACUAAAUCAUCUGGCAACAAUUUUAAUUUUGAAUCCAAACAAGCAUCAAUUGGGCAAGAAAUUAAAACUGAAGAGAAACAUAAUGUAACUAUAAAAUUUUCUGUGGAAAAACUGAAAGAAGAAAUCUGCAAUGAAGUGGCCACAAGUACUGUCAGAGAAAGUUCAAAUAAUAUUAAAUUUACAAAUUUUAAUAAGGACGAUAAAAACAAUGCAAAUGCAUCUAUUGAAGGAUUAAAUAGUGAAGUGUUUGCCAGUCAUUUAAAUACAGAAAGUUCAAAUAAUACUAAAGACACAAAUAUUGAUAUUACUACUACAGAUCUUAAAUUCGAUGAAUAUGAUAAAAGUCAAAAUCUUGGUAGAAAUGAAAUUUCAACAGAAAACUUAGAAAGCCCAAAUUCAAAUAACAUAAGAGAUAGUUAUAAAGAAACGGCAAUCAAUGAAUAUGAUAUCAACGAUGUAAAUUCAAAUGAAUUGGCAAAUCAAACAAUGAAAAUUGAUCAAAAAUCCUCUGUUGACAAACACAUUAAAGAAUUCAGUAGUAAAAAUACAAAUAUAGAAAGUUCAAAUAAUAUUAAGGAUACAAAUAUUAAUGUCACUAAUACGGAUCCGACAAUUAGUGAAAAUAAUGAAAGUCAGAAUCAUGGUGGAAAUGAAUAUGUAGAGAUCAUUAAUGUUACUUCUACAGAAAACUUUAAAGGAACCCCUUACAUUGAAAUGGCCACCUCUAGUACAAAAAAUAUUAUUGUUGCAAAUCAGCCUAUAGAAACAAAUAUAGAAUCUCUAGCAGAUAAACUUAAGGAAAAAUUCAAUACUGAAAUGGCUAGCAGUAUUGUACUAAAAGAAACUUCAAACAUUAUUAAAGAUGUAAAUAUCGAUAUUAGUAAUAAAGAUUUUAAAUUUGGUUUAAAUGAAAAGAGCGAUAUAAAUUCAAAUGAUUUCACAAACCAAACUAAUGAUAAAACUAUACAUGAUGAUCUUCCCUCUGAUCAUAUUUAUUUUAAACCAACAGCUCCCGCAGAAGAAGAUAUUCAUUCAAUAGUGUCCAUAGACUCUCUGCAGUCAAAUGAAAUUCUACAUGAUCAAGCAGCAAGAAAAAUACAAAAAGCUUUCAAGAAUUUUAUUGAACGAAAAUUUAAAUUAAGUUCAAACUUAGGAACAUUUAAGGAAUCAUUAAAAUCUAAUUGGUUUGUUGGUAAUGAACCAAUUAUAGCGAAAAAAUCCUUGCCUAAAACAAAAUCAGAAAUUUCUUUUGAAGAGACCGAAGCCUAUGUUGAACUAACCACAAAUCCACCACAAUAUUUAGUAGACUCAAGUAGUAAUUUGGAAGCCAUUGAUGCAAACAACUUUAGUAGAAGCCCUACAGCACCAGUAACUAAUCGAAGUAGAAAUAGUGUAGACUUGGCAAAUUAUCAGUCAACUAAUAUCUCUAAGGAUACAGUUUCAGUAAUAGGAAUAGAUGCAGGAGCAAUAGAGAAUGCGAAUACAGAGCAUAGCCAAGUAAAUACAAAUAAUUCAACAAACAUGAUUCCAUCAAAGGAUAAAAUUGAAGAAAACCAAGCCAUUAAGUAUCCGACUCUUAUAGAUCAAUUUCUCAACUCUGAACGUCAUUACUCUGAGGCAGUAAAUCACCACAACAAAGAAAUUAUAUUUACUUCUCCAGAUUUUACAGAAAUUACAAAAAUCCUCUCGAACUCUGCAGGUUCACAAAAGCAACAAUAUGAUUCUGUUAUCCAAUAUGAACGUCUUGAAGAACCAUGCAUUAAGAAGUCGACAUCAAUCACUCAUAUUAUAGGCGAUGACGCAAAAAAUGCUGAAAUAAUUUCUGAUACAGCUAUUAACACAGAUAACUCAUCUUCAUCUGAUAUUGAUGACACUGAAGAUAGUUUAAGUACAAAAACUGUUAAACUACAUAAACCAGAUGAGGCAAUUACAAAAAUGCAACAACGCAGAGAUUCUACUACGAAAAUAUUAAACUUGGAUAAACCCAAAGACUACAAUUUUGAUGAACCUUUAGUUGUAUCCAUUGAUAAUUUAGACACAGACGAAGAAGGUAUCGUAGUCAAUAAGUUACAACGAGAAGAAACUCGCGAAAGCUCAGCGCAAAGCGACUUUGAUGUAAUAAUAGGUGGUAACAAAGAUGAAAACUUUACUUUUCUAGAUAGCAUUGACAUCGAAGAAUCUUUUCCAUCGAAAGGUUCACUCAAGCGGGUUCAUACAAUAGCCGGUGAUGGCGACUCAAAAUCUCUUUUGAAAAAUGUCACAAUUGAUGAGUCUAUCAAAUAUAUAGAACCACCGGAUUAUGAACUCAAUAGCGGCAGCUUAUGCUUAGACAAUGAAACAGCCGAAAAUAUUCGUCGUAAAAUGAUGGCCUACUCGUUCUCAGAGGCAGACUCUGAUUGUUUUGAUAAAUCCCCCAGUACUAACGACGGGACAAACUCUGAGUCAAAAUCUCAAAAAUAUGAUGACUUUAACGUUAGCACUGCUCUAGUUGAGAAUAUUGACAGUUCUACUGAAACUGAAUCCACCAUAGUGUCAGCAGUUACCAAAAUUCAAGCUGGUGCCAGAGGUUAUCUAACGCGAAAACGCCUGGGAAAAGCUAGCAUGGCCAGUGAUGGAAAAUCAAUGCCACAUGAUGACAUGAACAAAGCGUCCUUUGGAAACGCAGCAAUUAGUGAAUCAUUGGAAUAUUUAGUACAAGAAGCAGCAGCUAAAAGAAUUCAAAGAGUCUAUAGACAACACUAUAGAAAAAAACUGGCAGAGGUUAAGCAAAAAGAGGACCAUAGUUUCUCACCAGAAUUUACUACAAGCUUAGAGAGCACUUUAGCUCAAAAAAGAUCUAUAAUGUUACAGAGAGGCGAUGCUCUUCGGAAUGAUUCAACACCAGAUGAAGGCAAUAGCAGCAGUAAUGGAAGUGGCAGCGAAAAUGCAAAAAUCGAAGAUAUAUCCAAAAACAAAAAUCUCUCUGGCAAUGAUGAAAGUAAUAACUUUGAUAUGCAGCAUUUAAAGAAAAAUACUAGCGGCAAUUAUUCUUUAAAAGCGACAUCAACAGCCAAAACGGCUGCGACAAUCCGCGCCAAGAAAAUUGAAGAAAAUAAAAUAAGAUGGCUUGCAAUGAGACAAAACUCUAUGCCCGUGCAAAUUGAUUCGGAAGUGUUGCGCGUCAUACCCAAAUACAUGAGAAAGAAAAUAAAAAGUGCCGAUGGUGGAAAGAAGAAAGAUAGACGUCAAGUGCUUAUGGAUUAGAGAGUAAAAUAAUUUCAAAUUUGCUUAUUUUUAAUACAAUGGGAGUACAUUCAUAAAAAAUAUCUUUAAAAUAAAAACCACUACCCUACAAACAUUUGGAAGAUAUCGUCCAUAGAAGAUAUCAAAACAAUAUUAAAUUUUUAUAAUUUGGAAGAAAAUCACCCAAGCAAUAUUUUUUUGAUAUCGCAAUGUCAAUAUUUAAAAGUAAAAUCGGCAAUAAACAAUAAAAAUAUUUAAAUUUAUAUUUUUUUGAUUUUGUAAAGUAUUUUUUGUUGCCAAAUUGUUGUAUUUAUUUCUGUAAGAGGAUUUUCAUCCUACGCAAUACGUUUAGAAUAUCGUUAUGUUAUCGCAUAGAUGAUAUUAUAGCAAUAAAAAUAUUUUUUUCAAACUUCAAAAUAUUUUCAAAA